AAUUGUAGUAAUGUUUGAAAUUACAGCCUUUUACUUACUUCAUCUUAUGUGGUGAAGCUUUGAUCAACACCCGCUCACCUCCUAGUCACCACCUAGUCAAUGGAAGGACCGAUGACGGUGUCCCUUCCUGGAGUCUCUUCCUGGUAACCUUCCUACCCCGGAGGAGACCGGUAUGGAAAGGGACACCAAGGGACACAUUAUAUAACACCUCACCUUCCUCGAUCUUGCUCGAACUUUGCCCGUAGUUUCCUCGUUACGCUCCCGGAAUUAAAUUAAGUUCAGCUGCCAUCCGUCAUCUGUCAUUCAGACAAAGACCGAUAUCCGGAACUUAAAACAACAACCUUUUUCUACUUCGCAUUAGCCUUCAUUUCAAUUUGAGAUACCCAACCACCAUUGAUACCCAUACCUACCAUCCAUAUAAUACCCAAUCUUAUUCUAUUUCGCAAUUAUGUCUCACCUUCCCACUGAGCCCGAGUUUGAGCAGGCCUACAAAGAGCUUGUGGCCACUCUCGAGGACAGCUCUUUGUUCGAAGAGCACCCCGAGUACCGAACCGCGCUAAACGUCGUUUCCAUUCCCGAGCGCAUCUUCCAAUUCCGAGUUGUCUGGGAAGACGACAAGGGCAACCUUCAAGUGAACCGCGGAUUCCGCGUCCAGUUCAACUCCGCGCUCGGCCCUUACAAAGGCGGACUGCGAUUCCAUCCUACGGUCAACCUAUCAAUCCUGAAGUUCCUUGGCUUCGAACAAAUCUUCAAGAAUGCCUUGACUGGAUUGAACAUGGGUGGUGGUAAGGGAGGUGCCGACUUCGACCCCAAGGGCAAGAGCGACAGCGAGAUCCGUCGGUUCUGCGAGGCUUUCAUGCGACGGCUGUGCCAACACAUCGGUGCUGAAACCGAUGUUCCCGCUGGUGACAUCGGUGUCGGAGGCCGAGAGGUCGGCUACCUAUUCGGCACUUACCGCAAGGAGCGCAACAAGUGGGAAGGUGUCCUCACCGGCAAGGGUCUCACUUGGGGUGGCAGCUUGAUCCGACCAGAGGCUACUGGUUACGGUCUUGUCUACUAUGUCGAACACAUGAUUGCUCACGUCGGCAAGGGUGGCUUCAAGGGCAAGCGAGUCGCCAUCUCCGGAUCUGGAAACGUCGCACAGUACGCCGCCCUAAAGGCCAUCGAGCUAGGCGCCACCGUGGUGUCCCUGUCCGAUUCCACGGGCGCCCUCAUCGCCGAGGGUGACGCGUUCUUCACCCCCGAGCACAUCGACGAGAUCGCCGCCAUCAAGCUUGACCGAAAGGCCAUCACCGAGUUCAGCGCCAAGUCGCAGUUCAAGUACAUCGCGGGCGCGCGCCCCUGGGUGCACGUGGGCAAGGUUGAAAUCGCGCUGCCCUGCGCUACGCAGAACGAAGUCAGCAAGGAGGAGGCCGAGGCGCUGGUCGCUGCCGGCACGCAGUUCGUAGCCGAGGGCUCCAACAUGGGGUGCACGCAGGAAGCGAUCGACGUGUUCGAGGCGGCCAGGAAGGAGAAGGGCAAGGACUCGAUCUGGUACGCGCCCGGCAAGGCGUCCAACGCGGGCGGCGUCGCGGUUUCCGGUCUCGAGAUGGCGCAGAAUAGCAGCCAGAUCACCUGGACCCGCGACGUGGUCGAUGAUAGGCUCAAGGGCAUCAUGAAGGAUAUCUUCGACCAGAGCAUCGAGAAGGCGCAGAAGUACGUCAAGGCGAAGGAGGGAGAGCUGCCUAGCUUGGUUGCUGGUGGCAAUAUUGCGGGAUUCAUUAAGGUCGUUCAGGCUAUGCAUGAUCAGGGCGAUUGGUGGUGAAUGGGGGCUGUUGGUGAGGAUUCGGGCGGUACCUGCUAGGUAGGUAGGUAUCGUUCGCGAGCGAGCGCUAUGGUGAAUUGGCGAGGAAGAAUCGCGAGGGCUUGUCAUAGGCUGAUUCUGGACCGCGACCUGCUUGCCUAGGUACAUGUUCUUGGUGCAGGGUAGGGGCCGAUCUGAACUAGA